AUGGAUUCAUCUCCGUCUUUGAGUGGAAGGACUUCUUCCGAAGACAGCGUUGAAUUGUGUCUACCGGAACUGGAUGUAGAAGAAGAAAAACAACAGAAUAUGACUCCAGAUUCAAAGACAAAAUCAAGACGGAAUAGACGAUCGAAAGUUUACAAAACAUUACCGCAAAACCAAUGUCCAUCAGUCUGUAGGGUUUGUAGAAAUCCAGCAAUUGGCUAUCAUUAUGAGGUUCCAUCUUGCAAUGGCUGUAAAACUUUCUUUCGUCGGACCAUAGUCACUGGCCGUAAAUUCAAAUGUAACAAAGUAAGCAACUGUCUUGAUGGGAGUGACGUCAUCGACACAUCACAGAGAGUAUGCCGUGCAUGCCGAUUCGAAAAAUGUGUACAAGCCGGAAUGAAUCCGUUGGCAAUUCAAGCAGAAGCAAAAACUGAUGAAGGAGAAGAGUUGAAGAAGUUGAUAGCAAAGAAAAUGACAAAUGGAGAGAAAUUUGACAGUGGAACUGUAUUUUUCAAUGUAGCAGAUAAAUUGAAUCAAAUAAUUGGGAAGCUGACAAAAAUCGAAUCGAAAUUGGAGGGAAUCCAUAAUAAUGGAAUGCCGAUGGGGUUUACAGACACAAGAGAUUUGAGUACUGUAGUUUCAUCGAGAGUGAUUUACAAUAAUAUUGAGAUUCCAUCAAUGAGUUAUGCUCCAGUCAAGGUUUCGAAGCAUACUGGAUUACCAAAAAGAAGAAGUCGAAACUUUGUUCACUCAAGUUGUCUCGCAUCCAUUGAAUAUUCCAAAACAUUCGAUUUCUCAAGUGCAGUUGACCUGCCGAGUAAGAUUCUUCUCCUACAACAUACUGCUUUAUUAUGUGCAAAUUUGACAAAUGCUUUCGUAACUUUCAAAAAACUGAAAUCGGAUACACUGCUUUAUCCGGAUGGAAGUAUUUAUGGACCACCCAAAAGGAAAAAUGGACCACUUAUCGAGAAGCAGAGGUCAUUUCUACAAAAGACACUAGUAGCUUUCAUGUCAAAUAAUGUGGAUCAGACAGAAUAUCUGCUUCUGAAAGCCAUUGUACUCUGCAAUUCAGCUGUGUCAAAUCUGCCAUUGGAUGAUAUGAAACAUGUUCAAAGGGAACGGGAAGUCUACGCACAAUGUCUGUUCCGAUAUUGUCUCCUUCAGCAUGGGACACUCAAUGGUCCUGCUCGGUUCUCAGCACUUCUUGCCAUCUGUAACGUUCUGGAAAAUCAACAGAAAGAACAGAAAGAUUACUAUUUGUAUAUUAAAGCCAUCCACAGUCAGAAACACAAAGAUCCAGAAGUGUUGAAGAAGAAAUGUAUCAGUAAUGUAUAUGAUCAGAUCAUGGAUCCAUGA